CUCACCUACAGCUUAAGUACUUCGGAUUCCAUAACUCGGCACUGCCUGGCUGUUUCACCGAGUACUGGCUGUCUGCGGCUGCUUGACUAUCCCAUUUGCCGAAUGCAAUAUCACCCUCCUCUGGCUUCCUGGCCGCGACAGUUCUCAGCUUAUCUGCAUGUUCUUGAUGGACCCACAACACAUGAAUCCAACUGGCAAGAGGUGGAGUCGAGCCUGAAAGCACACCCGCCUUUUCACCACUACACUGGCGAUCUUAAUGAGGAUGAUAGCGAUUCUGUCUGGCCCUGGUCGACCUUAACUCGCCCGGAUACUGGCGUGGAAGUCGAGGCGUCUGUAGGCGCCAAUGUCGGCUCAAGCUCCGAAUCCCCGAAAAGGCAGAGGCGUUCCCGCCGAGUCCAACCUGAACGAACGAACUCGCGGCCGUCCGCUACUGCCAACAUCGCGAGGCACCGUGGAAGCCUGACCGGGAAGCUCGGGAUUCGAACUUUAAACCCAAUGAAUGGGCACCAAUUGCUGGCGCUUGUCCGUCUCACGGUCUACACUGACGGUCAGCUGAUUGGAUGGCUUGCCAAAACAAUGGGUCUCCCGGAGGCUGCGGAGGGCGUUCCAGAAGCCGAACUAGCACUUGUCCACUUGGAAGCCGCAAGGAAUGAGCCUGGACCCUGGCCUCUACCCUUCUGGGUUGACGGAGCAUCUGACGAAGGCAUUGAAGAUGGAGACCGACUACAAUCUGAGUCUAACGACGGAAUGGCGCCAGAGGGGUGGACGGUUUCCAUGCUAAACGCAAGUGUCGACAAGAAUGCUCCGAUAAUGCUAAUUGGCGGCCGGUAUAGAGGAAUCCGCUGUCGUCUUCUGGUAGGAUCAACUGUCGGAUCUCUUCAUCACGCAUUUUCUCUUAAAAUAGAAGUGAGUUCAGCUGGUUUAAACUUAAUUGUGACCGAUUAUGAGUUUACUAGUGACCCUGAUCAACUGACCUUUACCUUCUUCUCUACCAAGGGGCCAACAGAGUUAUGUGCAUUGACAUCUUACCCUAUUUGCCGCUUGUCUAUUUCUCUCUCUUCUUCUCUCAUUCUCUCCCGUUUUUUACUUGGUUAG